AACUUGCUGCCGCGAAAAAUGGAGGCCAGCGAAAGCAUUGCAGAAAUUCUUAGAUACUGCAGUGGGCUAUGCGCGGAACGGCAGACAGAGCGCAAGUCAUUUGCAGGAAAGUUGUUAACUCGAUUAAAAGACCCCUGUGUUCAAAAGACCAUUGACGCAGCUUCAGCGUCGAAAGGAAAAAAGAAACUUUCAUGGGGAAUAAUUUCUCAGGCUGUAUUUAACUAUGUGUUCAAGGAAGCAGACAUUUUGAAAGCAUCAUCAAAAUUAACAGAAGAUACAAUAAAAAGAAAGGCAAAGGACAUCAGUGAAACCUUCAGAGCUUUCAUCCAGUCAGCUGAAAAGAGAGGCCCUUCUCUCAAAUCUGGAGAUGUCUUUCGUCAUAUAUACAAAAUAAUGUCAGAUGAGAAAACUAAAGGCUGGUUUUGCAAUGAGUACACAAAUGUCCUUGUGAAAAACUUUCUGUCAGUAGAAAGCCAUGUUUGUGAACUAACUGCCAAGGUCUGGCAUGAUCUGGUAUACAUUUAUUGCAACUGUAUACUGUCACCACCUCCAAGAGGAGAUACAAGCUUGUUUGCACAAACUCUCAACCAUCUGACACUGGUGGCCAGCAAUUUGUCUCAUAUUCGUGGAAAGGACUUGUUUAAGUUCUUUUCUUGUGUCUUCAAAGAUGUCAGGAAUGACAGAAAUGAGACCGUAGUUUUUUACCUCAUCAAUGCUUUGAACAACUUCAGCAUGAACAUUGCCUCAGACAGUCGUGGACAACUUUGCAUUUUGGGCGAAGAUUUGUUUCCUCUUUUGCUACCUCUCUGGACGAAAUCAUCGGCUCACGUUAAGGACAAACUGAUAGAUUUCUUUCGAUUGCAAGUUGAUAUCCAUCAUCCCUUUGGUGUUCAUCAGGAAGAAAAUGGUGCCUGGUCUUCAAAUGAAAAGUUAUGGAAGAAAUGCUUGACAAAACUUUACGAAGCUAUAAAUGGGGAGUUUCAUCAGCUAGCUGGCAAAUUGCAAUUAUCUGGGUCAAAGGCAGGACUUGCUCAAAACAGCAAUUUUGUUGAAUUAGCAGUUGGCACUUUCCAUCAGAUGUUUUAUUUAACCAAUAAGAAUAACAAAAACAGUGAUUCACUGGCAGCUGAAAAUAGUAUUGAAUCAAGUAGAAAGAGACGAAAAACAGAAUCUGGUUGGCAAUCUGUUAUUGAUGGGAUUUCACUUGUCUCCUGUCCUACUGCAUGUGUUGCCUGGCUACAGUUUUUGGCUUCCUAUGUUGGCCAGUAUGCAUCGAGUUUUCCAAGUUCAGAAUACCUUCGAUUUCUCAACUGUCUUUAUCAAGCAAUCAUCAACUGCAAAAGUGGAUAUAUAGAGAGAAAUAAGGAAGAAGGCCAAAGUGGAGAAAAAGUGCAAUGAAAGACGACAAUCAUUUAAAUGGUGAGGAAAUUGAAAGUACAGCCCUGCAAAACGAUAAAGAGAACUUGCCUCAAAGCUCAUCAGAGAUUGUUGUGCAGUAUGACCAGGCAGAAGGUUUUACAAGGCAGCCAUUGGUCCGAAGACGAUUGUUUGUCAAUAUUACCAACUGGGAAACUAAAAUAACGACAUUUGGUACGAUCCAGAUGAGCCCAGAUGGCAGAACGUUAAUCGAUGCUGCCAUUUCUAAUAACAUCAUGCUGGCCGCAGACCAGUUAUCGUCGAGUGAGUUGCAUGCUUUGAAACUUGCAUCAAUAUAGACUUAGUCUAAAUAAAUUCAAAACAGCAUAUAUCUUCCCUUAGUGACAUUUCAAACCUGUUUCAGUUAUUCAAGAGUUAAGAUCAACCCGGCAUCAGUGGUUAAUUGUUUGCAUCAUCGAUGACUACAUAACAAUUCAUGCCAAACGCCGCCCAACCGAAUCAUCUACAUCGAAAGUGCAGCAUGAAUAACAUGUGUACCAUCGUCUGUCGAAUUUUCCCUGAAAUAAAUGCAAUACCUCUAACGUCUUUGAAUUCUCUUCAGAACCCAUUAGGUGUCGAUUUCGGUAAUCUUCACAAUAAACUAUCCAGUGAACAGACAAUGCACAACUUGGCAAUGACUUUCUGUGAUCGAAUGCCAGAAUGGUUUGCAACAGAGUUUAUUCGUCCAGAGGCAGAACGUAAUAGACUUCAUGCUCAUAUGUAUAGCGAGUCAAACAAUGUGAGGAAGAUGAGAUGCCUUGAUAACGUUCAUUUGAUCGAAUUUACAAAUCUUCAGCUGGAAAGUACUUCAGACUUUCAAGCUGCUUUGGAAAUCCUUGGAAGAACAAAGAUGAAGCAGCACAUGGCAAAAUAUGCAUUGUUCAUCCCUGGAGAUUGGCCUGCUCAGUUCCACGAAAGAAAAGUUGUUUGUUCUAGAUGUCCCUUCCAGCCUCCUGUUGGUUGUCAAGAAAGAAAUGCAAAUGAAAACACAAACACUCCUUUCUGUGAAAACGAAGGGCUGCAUCAUUACGCAAAGCCAAGUACAAGUGGUAAUUAUAAUACCACACAAACAGUCAACCAGAUCCAUUCAUUUGCUGUGAUGUGCCUGGCUGUACGUUGCUAAAUACUAGUGAAGAAUAGCUAUUGAUAGAAGGAUGUUUCCAUUCGUUCCGUAUAAAUUGUCUGAAAGGCGCAUCAUUCUGUCCCAUUUGUUCAAGCCACAUAAAAACCACAGUUGGCAGUCUGGCGACUACUGCUCAAAACAGUUUAUUUGAAACAAUAAACGUGGAGCAGGACAGUGAUGAUAACCAUGAGGUUGCGGAGGAGCAAGCGGAUACCGUUGACGUCGAAUCAGUCUGGAAGGAAUUUGUUGACAUGAAGAUUGAAGAUCUUUCACAAGAGAUUGCUAAUUUGAAGCCAUAUAAUCCAACUAAGGUGAGUUGCAACAAAGACCAUGCCGUUGGAAGUUGCAAGCUUUCUAAAUUGUUUGUUGCUGGAACAUUUAGUCUUUUACAUACCUGCUUUUUUAAGUAUAUUUUACCUUAGAAUAUUUAAUAUCUCCAAGAGUUUUUUGUUGUGCCCAAAAUAGAUUACCCAAUAAAAUUGCGUUCUUUCCAUUUUAGGCAGCCUUUCCACUAGCCUGGGUUAAAACAGAUUCGGGUUAAAAGUUAUCCGUUUUUCAAGUGAGUCAAUGGAAACGGCAUUUUUCUUCGACCCGUUUUUAAUCCGUUUUUGAUCGUUCCCACUAAGCCGGGUUAAAUUGUAUCCAGGGUGAAAAGUUGUAAGAGAAAUAAGUAUUUGCAUCAAUAAUCCUUCAAUUUCUAUUGUUUUGGCCAAUGGAAGCAACAUUGACAUCCAGGAUUUUUUUUUGAUUUUUGGCGCUAUCUCAAUUUUUAAACGUUGCUGUUGUUGCAAGUGGGUCAGAAGUUAUCCGGGUUUCGGCGUUUCCAUUAACUCGCAGGUGGGUCAAAAGAUACCCGGGUAAAAACUGACCCACUUUGAGACCCGUUUUCAAACUUAUCCGUUUUUCAAGUGGGUUAGUGGGAACGCAACGCAGAAACGGAUAACUUUUAACCCGGAUAUGUUUUAACCCAGGCUAGUGGAAAGGCUGCCUUAGUCAAGGUUCUCAUUGAUCGAUGACCCUCACAGGGUAUAGGGGCAUGCCGGAAUAUAAAAUAGCUGUUAAUUACCUAUAGUAUCGGUCUGUCUCCUCAGGCCAUUCAUUGUUACUUUAAUUUGAAAAAACACCAGUUUUCAGGGUCAACAAAGAGCAAGAACGGCCAACUGCAAAUCUAAGGUCCCAAAAUCAAAGAUGCUGCAUUGCAAAAAAUGCACUCAUCUGGUUCGUGGACAUAAAAGAGGAAGAGCGGGAUCUUGUCCGAUGUGUCCGAAAAGUUUAUGUAGUGCAGAAGGAAAAGAGUAUCCAUGCAGAUGCAAAUGGCAUGCGACCACAAAUGGCAAAGAAAAAGGAUUUAAAAAGGAGGAAGUGAAGGUGCGAAUGGUUGGCAAUAUUAUUGAGUAUGUGCUACCAACUCAGCUGAGUCAGUCUGGACUAUUGGGAUGGGGAGAACACAUUUCCUCGUGUACAGUUAUCUCCACAAUCGCCUGUUCUUCUGUUCUCCGCGGUGAGAUUCUUCUUCAAAGAGAUGCUUCAAAAGUUGUUCCAGAAAUUGUCGAAAUUUACAAGGGAAUAAUGACGAAGGGAAACAAUCUCUAUGAUUUUAUUAGUGGAAGGGCACAGCAACUCCAGUCGAGGAGGCUAUUUGAUACUCCGAGUUACUGGUGUACAUGCCAGACGGUAUUGUAUCCAUUGUUGAUGUCAGCAAUCUGGCAACACAUCUGUUGGCUCUUCGCGAUUCAGCCCUUAUUUUGGCAUUUGUAUUGAUUUGCCCACCCGACAAGUCUGUAGCAUUGUGCAUCCAAAACAGAACCAUUUGCCUACUUGUUAGCCACUAUCAUCAUAGACAGGACAUAUAGCCUGGCAAUCUGACAUUCAAGCUAAUGUUUACUUUCUCAACGGAUUCUUGUAGUAGGGAGUCCAGGCUUUCAUAAUCUGCCAGGUGACUUUUUUUAAAAUGUCUGGAUGUUACAGGACUGAUGACGUCAUUUAACGGUAAAAAAUCAGACAAAACCAUCGCUAGCUCUUUACUGGAGUGUUAUUUUUUGACGCAAAUUACAUAUUUUGACUCGUCUCAUUGCAAGCUUUUAAUUGAUAUAUAUUUAAGAAUGAUUUGCCACCAUUAGUAUUUUCAUUUUGACGUCAUCAAAAAUUUUGCAUGACGUCAUCAAAGAACUUUGUUUUAUUAUGGCGCUGGUUGUCAGCAAAAGCAUUUCUUUCAUAAUUUUUUCGUCCAAAUAAUUAGUAUUUGGAUCAUUUGAAUUAAAUUUGUGCGCACCGCAAUAGCCAAGGAAGUUCGAAUAAGGUAGUCACUACCUGACGAGUGGGUCAUUUCUUCCUCGGAAGGCAUUAUUGCCUGGUUCAGAGUCAUGGUCCAACUCUGAACCGUACAAUAGGUUCUCUGCAUCUGCAUUUGACUGUUGCACUGCGUUGGAAGAAUGUCUUCGCACUAUUAUAGGCUGUCCAAGAUGUCUUCGGACUAUAGGUCUUUAGCGCUGGGUAUGAAGGUGCAUGAUUUCCUUCAAGGGUAAAUUCAUCUUCUGGGUCAUCUUCAUAUCCUUGUACUGUAAAGGAAGCUUUCUUUUCACACCUUGGAUGUUUUUUUUACUUCUUUUGAGAUGGGAAAGCUGCUUUCCUGCGGACCAUUUAGACUUUAAACGAUCAAGUAUGUCGUCCGAAUUUCAACAGCAGGCUUUUGGGCCAUGUCUUGUAGUAAUUGCAUCUAAACACUGUAGCCAAAAUAACCUUGUUAAGCUGACACAAUUUAAUUCUUCUCUGAUGUGGAUCUGUGGAACUGCUGCAGAUGACUUUGUUUUCAAAUUUGAUAAAUACGAAUCCUUGUAUUUGUCAAAUACGAACCCUAAGCGGCUUCAAUAUAGAUUUCCACUAUGUUCUACAGUUUCGCGAAUGUCUUUGCGUCGGCGAUAACGCUUUCUGAGAGUCUCAGCCCAUAAUUCCAUGGAUCUGUGGAAAGACACAGCAAUUUUUGGAACCAAAGUUUCAGCGAUGCCUCAAAUCUCGACGAUUUGUUUGUUGUUUAUGCACAUGAACCAUUCAUUAGUGGGUUUGCACUCCUACAUUGCAUGGACAAGCAUCACAAAUACAUCAGUAUCCUUCGCAACAACAACUACUUUUGCAUCUUGCGAGUUAGCAUGCAAAAUCAUUCUUGUUUCAGCCUUUUUUCAUCUUGGAAGGACUUGCUUUUAAAAGUCUCCAAUGCUUCCUCCCCUUGAGUUAUGACCAAUGGAAUUGUCUCGAGCCUGUGACCCUCAGCGCUUCGAAACAAUUUGGGAGCAUAUUUUAUUAGAUUCUCUUUGUUUGCAUCAUUGUAAACAACCCUUUUUACCUUGGAGUAUCUUUUGCUCUAAACUUUUUUUAUGCACUUGCCUUUAUGACUCACCUCUACUUUGUCGUGCGCACAAAGAUCCAAGAAAACAUCGAAAGUAGUCUCAAUAAUGAACGAAGACUACCAAGCUUUCGUGAUUGGCAAGGCUGCCUUUUUCGAAAAGGCAUUUGCAUAUCCCAUCAAAACCAUAACUCUAGCCUUGCAAUGCCUGAAGGUGUACUGUGACAAGGAAAUGAAGCUGUUCUUCUUAAUUUCAUGUGCAAGGAGUCAAAUCCAUAUGUAAAUCUACCACUAGAAAACGCCAGAUGGAGUAUUGAUGAGAUGGUCAUAUUUCGCAGCAGAAGAUAGUCUUAUUGAAGAAAGUCAUGUACCUUCAGCCCAGCGCGAGGGCAUCUUGGAUAGCCUAUAGUUUUUAAGACAUUCUUCCGACUUACUGCAACAGUCAAAUGCAGAUGCAAAGAACUUAUUGUCCGGUUCAGAGUGGGAGCAAGACUUUGCAACUACGGAGGAAGAAGUGACUGACUCGUCAGAUAGUACUACCUUAUUCGAACUUUGGCUACUAUAGUUCGCACAAACGUAAUUUAAAUGAUCUAAAUACUAAUUAUUUGAUUGAAAAAAUUAUGGAUGAAAUGCUUUUGCUGACAUCCAGCCUCAUAUUAAUACAAAGUUAUACCAACUUAUCAUUUAACGACAACAAGAUAUUUGAUGACGUCAUGUA